AUGAUUCACGGUUCUGAAGCCAAUACAAGUGACCGACGGCGAUGUGGAUUAACAAUCAGAUAUAUGGCACCAACAACCGAAUGUCUAGAUGCAAGUCAACCAGUGAUGAUGAUGAGGGGCUCAGCAGUGGAAGGUAUUAAUCAUUAUCGAAGUUGGCCCAAAUAUCGUCACGGUUAUGAUUUUCCAUUUGAUGGCUGUGAACAAUGGAACGAUCGACGACGAGUCGAACCAAACGAUGAAUCGUAUUUUGAAAGAACAGAUUAUGCUCGAAUGGACCAAGAGAUUGAAGAUGAGGUUCUUAGAUUUAUUGGACGAUUAGGAGGAAAAGAACCGGUACAAAAAGAAUAA